UGUGAAAGAAAGUUGUAAUGUAUUGUACUACACAAUAACACUAUCUUGUGAAUGCGAUAAAAAAAAUCAAUAAAGCUGCUAAAAAAAAAGCUGCCUAAUACAAAUCCACAGAUUGUGGAAAAGUUUUGUUAGAGAAACUUUACAGACUGAAUGACUGUUUCAGGAGUGUGUAUACCGUACUCGUAUGUGAUGUGCCUGUUGUGCAGCCAAGGUGUAUGGAGUAUGCACAGAAAUCACUCACCGGACAGUUUGCCUGUGUUGGUGGUGUCCACUGAUUUGCCCCUUCACUCGAAACCUCAAACCCACUGACCGAAUGCUUGUCCCACGCCUUCCCCCUCUCCCAGCUUCUCUCCGCACGCCAAUCUCUGUGUCUGCCUGCGUCUCUCGCCCAGAGAGAGAACCUUGUGGUGGGAUAGUGAGCCCCAUUGUGUCAGUGAGAUGUUUAUUAAUGAGCGAGGCGCACACGGAGAGCGGAGCUGCCAUCGAAGGACUAAUCGCUAAUCUCCUUGUUAAUACGGUAAACCUGUCCGAUGUGCUGACAGAAAUUACGAAGAAGACUUAAGACCGGGACGUACGACUUUGUUUUCUGCAGGGAUUUUUUUUCUGUUGUCAGACUUUGCACAGAAGUUGGACCUGGCGUUUCUCAUCAGGCUUCAUUGAGGACAAGUGUAUGUGUGCGUUGUGUGUAGUGUUUUAUUCCAAAUUUAGGAUGCAAGUGAGUGAGUAAAGUCCUGCGUUAAGCUUUUGUGUCAAGGAGUUGUGAAAUUGAAGGUGGUAGUUUUCGCGAGUGGUGGUAAGCCAAACCUUCUUGUUCUAAUUAUAACCAAAUAGUUUGGGAUUUUAAGUCUGUAGCUUGUGGUGUUACAUGCCCAUUUUUGGCUCUGGUUUGGAGUUUUUCCUGCGUCUAUGAAAGGAGUAGUGUGUGUCUAAGCAAGUGUGUGUGUGUGUGUGUGUGCUUGUGGGCUGUUGUGAGUGUGUGUUUGUUCGCCUGCCAUGCCCUUGCCUGCGCCUGAUGUCCCAGCCUCUCCGAGGCUGGCACUGGACUGUCGUACCCUUCUGGACCAUCGCAUUGGCAAGGGGGUUUGUGGUUGUUGCGGGGCGCUCAGGCCUCGGUACAAGAGACUGGUAGACAACAUCUUCCCAGAAGACCCAGAGGAUGGGCUGGUGAAAGCCAACAUGGAGAAGCUGACAUUCUAUGCCCUGUCAGCUCCAGAGAAACUCGACCGUAUCGGAGCUUACCUGUCUGAGAGGUUGUCAAGGGAUGUGGCCCGGCACAGAUACGGGUAUGUGUGCAUAGCCAUGGAAGCCCUGGACCAGCUGCUGAUGGCCUGCCACUGUCAGAGCAUCAACCUGUUUGUGGAGAGCUUUCUUAAGAUGGUGCGCAAGUUGCUAGAGUCCGACAAACCCAACCUGCAGAUCCUAGGAACCAACUCUUUUGUGAAGUUUGCCAACAUAGAAGAGGACACCCCGUCGUACCACCGCAGUUAUGACUUCUUCGUGUCACGCUUCAGUGAGAUGUGCCACUCUAGUUUCGAGGAUCCUGACGUCCGCACCAAGAUCCGUAUGGCGGGGAUCAAGGGUCUGCAGGGUGUGGUGAGGAAGACCGUGAACGAUGAGCUGCAGGCCAACAUCUGGGACCCUCAGCACAUGGACAAGAUCGUCCCCUCGCUGCUUUUCAACCUGCAGACUGGAGAGCGCUCAGAGAGCCGCUCCCCAUCGCCAUUGCAAGCGUCGGAGAAGGAGAAGGAAAGCCCCGUGGAGCUGACGGAGCUCUGCUUCAGGGAGCUGCUGGGACGAGCUGCCUACGGCAACAUCAAGAACGCCAUCUCACCCGUGCUAAUGCAUUUAGAUAACCACUCUCUAUGGGAGGGGAAGACAUUUGCAGUGCGCUGCUUCAAAAUCAUCAUGUACUCCAUCCAGUCGCAGCACUCUCACUUGGUCAUCCAGCAGCUUCUCGGGCACCUCGACGCCAACAGCAAGAACUCGGCCACAGUGCGAGCUGGGAUCGUGGAGGUUCUGCUGGAAGCAGCAGCCAUCGCAGCCAGCGGCUCUGUUGGCCCCACAGUUCUGGAGGUCUUCAACACUCUACUGCGGCAGCUUCGUCUCAGUGUGGACUACGAGUUGACCGGCUCCUACGAUGGCAGCACCAACAUCGGCACCAAGAUCAUCAAAGCCCACGAGGAGAGACAGCUGCAGGAGGCUGUCAUCAGGACCAUCGGUUCAUUUGCCAACACUUUGCCAACAUACCAGAGGUCAGAGGUCAUGCUGUUCAUCAUGGGCAAGACCCCUGUCCCUGGGGUUCACCUUCCUAUGCCGUCCACAGGCUCCGGGCCCGAGAGUACCAGGAUGAUUCAGGUUAUGUUACUGAAGUCCUUGGUCCAGGUGACGGCAGGUUUCCAGACCACCAACAUGCUGACGGCACUGCCGAGCUCUUUCCUGGAGCCGCUGCUGUCCUUCUCUCUAACCGAGGAUCCAGAGGUUCGAAUGCUGGUGCUACAAAUCCUUCUCAGUCUCAUCGACCGGCACGACAGCAGGCCCAAGUUCUCCAACAUUAGCAUCAUCUCGGACAUCUCGGUUCUCAAGCUCAAAGUUGAAAAGUGUUCCAGGCAGGACAACUUAUUCAUGAAAAAGCACGGCCAGCAGCUGUACCGACACAUCUACCUGGGCUGUAAGGAGCCGAGCAGUGGUCGGCAGCACUACGAGACCCUGUUUGCUCUGUUGGGCCUUCUCAGUGUGGAGCUGGCUAAUGAAGAGGUGGUGGUGGACCUCAUUCGCCUGGCACUCGCAUUGCAGGACCUGGCUCUGUCCACCGACGAGGCUCUGCCUGUUUAUAACCGCUGUGCAGUUCACGCUCUCGCCGCCGCCUACCUAAACCUCAUCUGCCAGCUCACCACCGUCCCAGCCUUCUGCCAACACAUACACGAGGUAAUUGAGGUCAGACAGAAAGAAAGCCCCUACCUUUUGCCUGAGGAUGUUUUCAUCGAUAACCCCAAGCUGCCGUCCUCUCUGGUGAAGGUUGAGGGGGAUGUGUUGUUCCUCCAGUCGAAGAUCGCCGAGGUGCUCGGAGGUAGUGGUUACAACACAGAGAGACUGGCUACACCUUAUGUCCCACAGUUCACAGAUGAGGACCGUCUGUCCAAGAGAAAGAGCAUCGGUGAGACCAUCUCCGUCCAGCUGGAGAUGGAGUCCCGAAACAGUCCAGAGAAAGAAGAGAGGACACCAGCAGAGGAGAUCACAUUUGAAACCCUGAAAAAUGCCAUUGUGGACAGUGUGGGUAUGGAGGAGCAGGAGAGGGAGCGGAGGAGAAGAGUGGUGGAGAAGUUUCAGAAGGCCCCCUUUGAGGAGAUAGCUGCCCACUGUGGUGCCAGAGCGACUCUACAGCAGAGCAAAUUAAAUCAGAUCUUUGAGAUCACAAUCAGACCACCGCCCAGCCCAUCUGGAACCAUCUCGUCGGGUUACGGCCAAACUCAGAGUCGAUCUGUGCCGAUCUACGAGAUGAAGUUUCCCGACCUGUGUGUGUACUAAACGCGAUGUUGCAGAACUAUUGGAACGGAAAAGGCAUUAAGGGAAGAUGCAAACCAAUCGUCUCCAUGAAAAGCAUCUUAGCCACAGAAUCAAGGGAUGCGUGUGAGGGAAACACCCACGGUUGUUUGAAGGCAACUACAGAGCAAGCCACUUUUUCAACUUAGCUAUCUAGAGUGUUUAUUUUUCUCUAUGAACGCAGCCAAAAACUGGCUGAUGUUGGAAAAUGCAGCAGUCAACCUUUUAAUGUCUGGAAAAACUCCACUGGUUGGAUUUUUAAGUUGGACGUUGCAAAGAACUGUGAGGUGGAAAGAAAAAUGUGAUGACAGAUUGAAACUUGGCGUUAGAAUGAAUUGGCCCAUGUUGCAUGUCCUGAAACUGGAAAUCUGUUGAUAGUCCUGCUAAUUCUCGACACUCUUUUGACCCUUACAGGGUGCCAUACUAACCUGAAUAGCAAAAUUGACCAGUCAUCAUGACAUAUGAUGUUUUAUUUGUUUUUAAUUUUUUUUGGCCAGAAGGGAGUAAAUUGAUUAGAUGCAUUUUAAUUUAAUUGACAGUAUAUGUUUUUUAUGUUUGAUUGAUAUGAAAAUAUGUGUUACUCAGCUUGUUAACAUCUUUAUUCAGUGUUUUAAUGCUUUAUUUCUUUUUGUUUUGCCUUUUUAGUGCCAGCCAAAAGUGCUUUUUUAUUCUUUCUUUUAAUGACAGACAUUUAUUUCCUGUACGUACUUUUUAGUGUUUUUAUUAUUUUUGUAUUUAGCUGUGGUUUAAAUGGAUGACGACUGCUGUCCGCGCACUGUCCUCUGAAGUGAGUGUGCCUUAAAGGUGACUCAAGUUCAAACAUUACACAAAAACACACAAUGGCGCCACUACAGUCACGAACCACGCUCGAGUUAACCAGAUCAAACACUAGAAAAAUAAUUUUGGAUCCUUUAUUUUUCUUCUUCCCAUAUAAAUGUGUAUAUACAGAGAAAUAUAUAAAUCUUAAAGCUGAUGUACAGAGUAGGGAUGUUCUUGUGUGUGUGUGUAUAUAUAGUACAUUAAUUCUAAUUUUAGACUGCAACUGCACUGAUUGGGACCAUAGACGACGGAGAAAGCUACUUGGUUUGUAUUUAGAUACUUUUCUUUUGUUUAAAUUCCAAAUAAAUAAUUAGCAACACAUGAAAUUAAAAUGUAAAUGGACAAGGGUCUGAACAACAGAAGAAUUGCAUCAUGUUGAGGCCAUUGGAUCACACUAGUAAAGUUUUAAUGAACCCACCGACACAGGUUUAAAUAUUAAUUUCAACUUCAUUACUUUCCAUGGUUUUUGAGACGGAUUAAGCACCAUCAUUCUAACCUGGGCCGUUUCCAUUACAUCCGUAAAUCCUGCUUGAACGAGUUUGCACCCGUGUUUUUCCACCAUUGUCCUCCAAGCCCCUUUGUCACAGCGAGAUGUAAGAUGAGUCUAAAAGCCAUUUUGUGUGUGUCCACAAACACACUCACAGGUAUAGAAACAAAAGUAUAAUGGCAAUAAUGUUGCACUCGCCCGGCUGACGCAGCCCGACUGUAGGUAGCAGAUCCUUCCUGUGUGAUUUACAUCGUACCCUCUGUCGUCAUGGUGUCGUGAUGGUUCAUUUUGUGAAGCUGUAAGACCGCCCCCUCCUGCUCCUGCGCUUCUAUGAGUUGACCGCAUCGAUCGGAUGUGGCACAUGUUACAACCAUCUUGUUCAAUGGGGCACGAUGGUCAUUUCCUGAUUGUCAUUUGUUACAGUCCAGUUGGCUCUUGUUUGUUUUAUUAUCGGUUUUACAAUGUAGUGUCUCCUGUGUGUAUAUAUAUCUAUGUCAACACAUGCCAGUGUAUCAGAUUUGUCUUCACCUUUACCUUGUUUUGUCAGUGUAAGCGUGUUUGUGUGAGUGAGUGUACACGUUCAUGUCUCCCUUUGAGCGUUUACGCAGGUGUGUGUGUGUGUGUGUCGUGACCAAACUCAUCGGACACCGUUUACAGUUUCUGUCCAGUGACUUUUUUUUCCACCACGUUAUCGAAGAACAAGCCCAAACCUUCCAGUGACUCGGCGUGAAAUUGUCUUUACAGCAUCUCGCAACUCCGCAGUGGCGACAUGUAUAUCUGUCAAGUCUGCUUGUUGUCAUUGCAUAGUGUAAUAUUAACAGAGUAAUUCAUUCUUACUUUUGUCAUUACAUGUUUGGUUAAUACGUCUGUUUACAAUGUAGUGCUGUAGGUCAAAUCUAUUCAUUCUGUGAACUUUGCACUUUAAAAACUGGAUUACCUAGUGACAAAGGCAGCUUUUACAUGGAGAAAAAUGCCUUAUGAGUGUCAUACCUGACUUUGCAUGCUAGUGAUCUUGCCGUGUUGUACAAUAAAUUUGUCUGUAACCAUAA